CAGUGUCAGUCACCGAUUGAUAGAUUUAGUUUGGAUCUCGGACGCAAUAUUAUUUUAGCGAUAUUUUUCAGAAAAAUAGUCCAUAUUAACGUAGAAGUAACAAUAUUUUCAAACGUGCCCUCUUUAGCUUUUGCAAGAUGCAAAAUAACAUCAAUCCUUUGGCGGGCACUGCACAUUUACUGGAUGAACUAGACAAGAAACUCAUGGUGCUGCUUCGCGAUGGGAGGACCUUGAUUGGAUAUCUGCGUUGUGUCGAUCAGUUUGCGAAUUUAGUUUUGCAUAAAACUAUUGAACGGAUCCAUGUUGGUAAAGAGUAUGGUGAUAUUCCAAGGGGAAUAUUCAUUGUUAGAGGCGAAAAUGUCGUCCUUUUGGGUGAAAUCGAUCAGGACAAAGAAAAGAACUUGCCGCUAACUGAAGUGUCAGUAGACGAAAUUUUAGAUGCUCAGAGACGGGAACAAGAUGCUAAAAUUGAGCAACAGAAGUUACUCUCAAAAGCCCUAAAAGAAAGGGGGCUGAACCUGCUUGCUGAUUUAGGGCAUGAUGAUAUGUUUUAGGCUCUAAAUAUAGCAUUCUCAUUAUAUUAAGAUAAGACUGUAAUUAAAAACAUAUUAAAUAGUAUCUAUGACUGUAA